UGCACUGUCUGCCACAAGACUAUAAGCCGCAAGGCAGAUCUUCCAAGACAUAUGCGGACGCACGAUGAUCACAAGGAAGCUCUUAUGCAUGCAUGCCCGUUCUUUGACUGCGAUUACAAGACCCUCCAAAAGUCCAACAUGCAAACACACAUCAGAACGCACACCGGUGAACGCUCCAAGAUAUGCCCUCACCCUGGGUGCGCGUUUGCCACCACAGAUCCAGGCAGUUUGACACGUCACCGCAAG